AUGGCCCCCCAUGCUGAAGAUCCUGUCCAGGUGGAAUACCAACCAGAACCCUGGAGUACCGAGACGAAGGCCACCCGAGUCGACUUGGGUUUCAGGGACAAGAAUGCGUCUGAAAGGCAACGUAAGAAGCGGAGUCUAGCAGACACAUAUGAACCUGGACGGACAACUAUUGAGACUCAUGAAGACUACGAGUUUGAUUAUCUUCUACCGCGGUUUCCGGACCUUCACUGGGAUGAACUGAAGGAACUGCCAUAUGAGGACAAAGGACUGCAUGGAGACCCUCAGUUUCGACAUUUACUCGAUGCUGCCGACAAUAUUGUCGAUUACGUGCCAAAAAUCGGAACAGAGAUCUCCGGUGUCAACCUAUCUCAACUUACCGAUGCUCAAAAAUGCGACCUGGCAAGAUUGAUCGCGACCCGCGGGGUUGUGUUUUUCCGCAACCAGGAUGAUUUUGAUAUUGAGGCUCAACGAGAGCUCGGGAAGUUCUUUGGCACCUUACAUAAGCAUGCCACGACAGCUGUGCCACAGAAGGAAGGGCUGGAAGACGUUCACGUAGUCUACACAACAGACAAAUCUGUGGAUCAACGAGCCCUCUUUACUCCCACCUUCUUAUGGCACUCAGAUGUCAGCUACGAAGUUCAGCCACCUUCAUAUACGUCCUUGAAAGUGCUUACGGGUCCUCCGCGGGGUGGGGGCGGUGAUACUUUGUGGUGCUCUCACUAUGCCAUCUACGACGUCCUGUCACCUCAAAUGCAGAAGUAUCUCGAAGGAUUAACCGCCUUGCAUUCAGCUGACAUGCAGGCUGACGACUCUCGCGCUGGUGGGAGACCUGUCCGCCGAGAACCUGUAACGACUGAGCAUCCGCUAGUCCGAGUCAAUCCGGUAACAGGCUGGAAGUCUGUUUUCUUCAACCCUGGCUUCGUGACCAAGAUCGUCGGCGUGCCAAAGGCCGAGAGCGAUACCAUCAUCCGAUAUCUCAACGAGCUCAUUGCUACAACGCAAGAGGCGCAUGUACGAUUUCAAUGGGGAAAGCACGACGUUGCGCUGUGGGACAACAGGGUCACAUCGCACAGUGCCUCGUAUGGCUUUACUCCUCAUAGAAGACAUGCAGUCCGGGUAGCCGCAACUGCCGAAAGGCCAUAUUUCGAUCCACAAGGCAGGUCUCAGGAAGAGGAACACAACAAGAAAUGGGGCUUGCCUCAGACGAAUAAGGACGGAUCACGGCCAUCCAACUAUAAUGACUGA